UCCAGCCGGCACAAGAAAAGAUCAGAACCCCCCUCUCGGAGGCCCCCUGCCCGCCCCAAUGAUGUCAUGGUGCACCCCUCCCAGCACGGACACGGAGGACAUGGAGGUCACGGAGGACAUGGAGGGACCCCUGAGAUGGGCUCCCCAGUUCUGGGCCACUUCAGCCCGCGGGACAUGCUGCGGACUCGGUCCCACCUCCCCAUGGACAGCCCGGAGCGCCGCCGCCGCACCGGGCACGGCAGCCUGACCAACAUCAGCCGCCACGAGUCUCUGAAGAAGAUGGAGAGCCCCCCGAUCCGCCGCUCCACCUCUUCGGGCCAGUACAAGGCCUUCGGUGACCCCCACCACCUCCACCACCACGGUGGCAAGCCCCUGGACCCGGAGACCAUCGCACAGGACAUAGAGGAGACGAUGAACACCGCCCUGAAUGAGCUGCGCGAGCUGGAGAGACAGAGCUCGGCCAAGCACGCCCCCGACGUGGUGCUGGACACCCUGGAGCAGCGGCAGACCUCCGGGGGCAGCGGGGGGGGUCCCACGCCGGCCAGCUCCAGCGAGUCCCUCAGCCCCAUCCACGGCGUCACGCUGAGGUCCACCGCCCACACAGAGCCGCCCAUCCGCCGCAGCACCAGCUCCUCCAGCGACACCAUGAGCACCUUCAAGCCCCUGGUGGCGCCCCGCAUGGGGGUACAACUCAAACCCCCCGCCCUGAGGCCCAAGCCCAUGGUCCUGCCCAAGACCAGGCAGGCCUCGCCGCCUCCACCCACGUCUGCUCAGGACCCUUUGGACAAGUCCUGCACCAUGUGACCACCGAGGCGGAAAUGUAAAGCAAAGACCCUCGAAUUCCAGGAGCUGCAAAAUGAUACCAAUGUCUUCAUCGAUUUACAGAAUAUAAUAUCUGAGAACGUGUAAAUGACCUGGACAGGAAAAUACAUUUGAAAGCAUCACAAAGAGGACAGGAGUAUGCUAACAGACCUCCGGUUAUGUGUUAAUAUGCUUAGGUUAAUAUUAUCUAACUCUUUUUCUUUUCUGUUUUGUAAAGACAUUCAAACAACAAAUCACAGAGGCUUCCUUCAUGAUUUUAGGCAAAUAUACACAAGGUAGUUUAGUUUACAGACAUUCAUGAACUUUGAACACGCCGCAUGUAGCUCCUGUUUACCACUGAACCUGAAGCGGUGGCGUCUCACUCCAGAUUAUGAUUUUUUUUUUACUUUUUGCUCUCCUAUAGCAGAGCCAGUGAAGGUGUUUUGAACUGGUUGAAAUGCCUUACUAACUGAUUCCACACAUAUUAUUAAGUUGCUGUGACUACCUGGAGAGAAAGGGUGUGAAGGUUGGACUGAUUGAAACCCUUAACGGUACUUUGUUAAUAGAUGAUAGUACUGAUAGCAGCGUACACACUUACUUUUGCCAAGGCAUACCAUCUCCUGUGUUCCAGAAACUUCUCCUCCGUGCUGGAUUCACUUCCAUUUAUUUUGAACAUAUUGCCUGGAAGGAGAUAUGACUAUUGGAUUAAACCACUACUUCACUAUGUUUGAUGCAUUUUUGAAUUCAGGCAUACAAUAAGUCUAAUAAUAAAUUAAGCCUUUGCAUCUGUAUGACUAAAGUGUGAAAAACGAUGACAAAUGAUCUCCUUUAGAGUAUACUAAACAAAGCUAUAUGUGGAACACGUCAUAGCUUCGUUUACGCCUUGCUUGGCUUUACCUACCCAAAGAUAUGACCGUACACAGCAUGGAUGUUGUCCCUCCUUGUAUGAUGUAGUCCCGUGUGUAUAGACUCAUGGCGGCGCCCUGCGGGAGCGCUGCCGGUAGCCAUGGACCUGAUGACUGUUAGUGUGAAAGCCAGAUGCUUGUCCUGAAACAGAAGCUAACUGUUAGCUAACUGCUAACUUGUGUCUGUUUUAUGUUCAGGUGAGACUGUCAAUAUUUCUUUCUUUUUUUUAUUGUCCUCCUUUAUUUUCUGCAUUUGUGGAUGAUGACACCUCUAAAUGCUUGACAUGUGGCAGAAAACAGGAUCAAUGAUGAACAACCUGUGUGUGUGUGUGUGUGUGUGUGUGUGUGUGUGUGUGUGUGUGUGUGUGUGUGUGUGUGUGUGUGUGUGUGUGUGUGUGUGUGUGUGUGUGUGUAGUUAAAUUCAAAUGCAUUAGCCCCAUAAAGCUGUCUGUGCCAGAGCGGCAACUGUGUGACUGCGACCCUGAUGUCUUUUGUUUUUAAUAAUCUCAGUACUGUAGUAGAGAAAAAACUAACUGGGUGGAUGUCCUCCUGGGACUGUUUGUCUAGCUGCGCAUAAUAACACCCACAACACUUUCUAAUAGCAGGUUUACACUAUUUUUGACUUGUGUGUAUAAUAAUCAUGAUUCAUUUCUGAUUUACUAACUUUCAUUAUUUGUGUGACCCUUUUUGUUUCUGGGUAGAAACGACUUAGAACAAAAGAUGAAGAAUAAAUAUCCAGAGAUACAGUAUGAAGCCAGUUGUAAAAAAAAAUGAAGAAGUGCUUUUGUCACUAUGUUGUUAUCAACAGUAGGACUCAGUGAUGCCCUGUGUAGGCUUUAAGCUGUAGUAUGUACAUCUGUAGUAUGUACUUGUGAAAGUGCCUUUAAAAAUGUUUUAGAGGAACUUCAGACAUUCUGUUAAAUGUUCAUGUUGACGCAGAAGAAAACACAUGAAUUAAUAACAAUGCCAUGUUCUCACAGCAGUUGUAUGACAGAGUUAAUCAUAAAUAAACAGCUUACCCAUUGUGACAUUGCACUUUUAUGUAUAUAACUGUAUAUAUGGCAUGUAACAUCAUAACGUAGAGUUCUCUGAGGGCUCAUACCUCCGAGGAUUUCUUUCUAAUAAAGGAAAUAGUUUGUCGA